CGACUCCUCAGCUGAAGCCCUCCGUCAGAAUCUAUCCCUGCUGAAAUACUGAAACUUCUCAGAAAGGCGCCUAAAACCGUAACUGUAACUGCACACCAAAGCUUGAGAAGGCUUAUCUGAAUCAUGGGGAACAUCUUCGGUAAUUUGCUGAAGAGCCUUAUAGGAAAGAAGGAGAUGAGGAUCUUGAUGGUUGGCCUUGAUGCUGCAGGAAAAACUACAAUCCUCUACAAGCUUAAACUGGGGGAAAUAGUCACCACAAUCCCAACCAUUGGGUUUAAUGUUGAGACGGUGGAGUACAAGAACAUCAGCUUCACUGUGUGGGACGUGGGUGGACAGGACAAGAUUCGCCCCCUCUGGAGACACUACUUUCAAAACACACAGGGUCUAAUCUUCGUGGUGGACAGUAAUGACAGAGAGCGUGUGAACGAAGCACGAGAAGAGCUGAUGAGGAUGCUGGCUGAGGAUGAACUGAGGGAUGCAGUGCUCCUCGUGUUCGCCAAUAAGCAGGACUUACCGAACGCCAUGAACGCCGCCGAGAUCACAGACAAGUUGGGCUUACACUCCCUGCGCCACCGCAACUGGUACAUCCAGGCCACCUGCGCCACCAGCGGCGACGGCCUCUAUGAGGGCCUUGAUUGGCUGGCAAAUCAACUCAAGAACAAGAAAUAA